AUGGCAGAUCCCCAACUCAACGGGACAGACCUCCUCGCCUGUCCCUUCACCAUCCCAGACCCCACAGCCUCCGCCCCAGAGCUCCUCUCGCGUUGGUCAGACUCCUUCAUCGAGGCUCCCCCAGCAAUAAUCAUCUCCCCAAACACCGAACAGGAUGUCGUCUCGGCUAUCGAAUUCGCUCGCCUCAACAAUCUCGCCGUCGUCCCCACUGGAGGCCGACACGGCUCAGCUCUCCCCAUCCAUUCGAAGGUGUUGUACCUGGAUCUCAAGAAUCUCCAAUCCAUCAUCAUAGACAAACAAAAAGAGCAAGUCCAUUUCGGAGGAGGCGUCCUUACUGGCGAUCUGCUAAGGCAGCUCUCUGAUCAAGGCUACUUCACCGCCGUCGUCAACUCAAACGCAGUCGGCGUCGUCGGAAGCCUGCUAGGGGGCGGCAACACAUCUGUAAACGGCCUCGUGAGCUGGAUGGCCGACAGCGUCGUGUCUCUUCGUGUCGUCACCGCUGCAGGAGAAAUCCUCCAAAUUGGGCCAUCUUCCACGGGAGAUGAACUCGCUCUGUUCAAUGUUCUCUGCGGCGCCGGCCACGGUCUCUGUGUUGUCGCCGCCGCCACCAUGCGAAUCUACCCCUUGAGCGGCUUAAAUCUCUCUCCCGCCAGCAAAGACGAUGCCACUCCCAGCAUCUGGAGCCGCACCUUGAUAUUCCCUCCAACUGCUAUCGACGCCGCCGCCGACGCGUUCCUCGCCUUUGUCCCGCCUCCAGACCCCAUGAACUUCGUCUUCGGCUUCACUCGAGGCCCCCCCGGAACUCCCAUUGCCGGAAAGCCCAUCAUUGUCCUCACAGGCACAUACUAUGGCCCUGCCAGCGAGGCAGAAGCUUCACCAGCCGGAGCAAGCCUCCUCAACCCAUCCUUGGUCGAAAAGGCCCUCAAGGCAGACACAGUCCAAAUCCCUUUCCCCAACAUCAACAACGGCUUCGAGCCGAUCAACGCUCACGGCGGCUUCAAAUCCAUGGCCUCUGCCCGCAUUGCUCGCCUCUCUGCUCAAAACUUCAAGGCCGCCUUUGCCAAAUAUCUCGCCGUGACAGAGAAAUAUCCCGACGCUGCUCGCACCGCCUUCAUGUUCCACAACUUCAACCCUUCCAAGCUCGUCCAGUAUGGCACUACCCCUGAAGGCAAGGGGAAAUUCAUCGAGGGCAGGGACAGAGGAUUUUGCUCCAUUGGGGUCCUGUGGUGCUCUGAGCCCGCCACAAGAGAUGCCCUGGUGGAAUUCUUUGAUGAGGCCACAGCUAUUCUGCAAAAGGACGAUGAACAGGAUGGCCUUCCUCCGAGAACGCUCUCGGGCGUAAUGAGGUUCCUCCCUGGCCGACGAGAUUUAGUCACCGAGGAGAGGCUGGCCGAGUUGGAUCGAGUACAUAAAAGGUGGAAUGGUGACGAAUUGUUUUGGAGUCCCUACAAGGUGUGA